AUGGUGAAGGGAAAUCAAACCAAUGUGAAGGAAUUUAUUCUGCUUGGGUUCCCUGGCUCUCGGUAUUUGCAGAUCUCACUCUUCAUGAUAUUCUUGUUAAUAUACCUCCUGACAUUCACAGGAAACACCACCAUCAUAUCCUUAGUGUGGACCCACCGUUGCCUCCACACCCCUAUGUACUACUUCCCCUGCAAUCUCUCCUUCGUGGAGAUCUGGGUCACCACAGCCUACAUUCCCAAAAUUCUUGCCAAUCUCAUGUCACAAAGCAAAACUAUCUCCUUCCCCAGUUGCCUCCUGCAGAUGAACUUUGUUUUCUCCCUAGGCUGCACUGAAUUUCUACUCCUGGCAGUCAUGACCUAUGAUCGCUAUUUGGCCAUAUGCCACCCAUUGUGCUAUCACUCCAUCAUGAGCAGCACCUUGACCACUCAGUUGGCCCUUGGCUCAUGGGUAGGUGGUUUCCUGACUCUUUCUGUGCCGAUGUUUCUGAUCACCAGGUUGUCCUUCUGUGGCCCUACAGUCAUCAACCAUUUCUUCUGUGACAUAGAUUCUUGGAUAGCGCUCUCCUGCACAGACACACACCUGGUUGAAAUGGUGUAUAUUGCUCUUUCCUUUAUUGUCGUUCUGGGGUCCUGUGCAGUCACCCUUGGCUCCUACAUUCACAUUAUCUCCACCAUUGUGAGAAUCCCAUCUGCCCAAGGCCAGGAAAAGGCCUUUUCCACUUGCUCUGCCCAUCUCACCAUUGUGGUUAUGUUGUACAGCUGCUCCAUCUUUCUGUACGUCAAGCCUUCUAAACAGAACUCACUGGACAUGAACAAAAUGGUCUCUGUCUUCAAUACUAUUGUGACACCAUUGCUUAACCCUUUCAUUUACACUCUAAGAAACAAAGAUGUCAAAGAAAUCAUGAUAAAGGCUUUCAGUAGAUCAUGA